AUGUACCUGUUUCAAAUUGAUUUCAUCCCCACCACCAAGGCUCCACUUGAGGACAACAAGUACAUCCAGCCCGCAGAUCCCGCUGAGGCCAAGGUUCUCAAACCCGAGCAUCAACUCAAGUGUUGCAGCCCGGCCAGGCUAACUCAGACUGACUUGGGUUGGGGGGCAGGUGUCCAAGUUUCCCCUCGUGUCCCAGCCAUUGACCCAACUCUUGACUGGCCUGAUGAAACCAAUCACCCACCAUUUCAAGAGCAUUUUUUGGGAACCAAUGCCAACGGAGGUGAUGACGAUUCUGAACAUCAAACCAAAUCCAAUGACAAACGAUUGCCAGAUCCACUCCCAUUGACUUGGGGGGCAACCCAACGCUGCCACAGAUACGAUAUGCUAUACAUAGUGAUACAUGGCAGAUACGGGCAGAUACCGUAUCUGUGGCAGCGUUGGGCAACACCUGGCAAUCUCACGACAAUUGGUGCUGGUUUGAUUGGCGAAGUCCAAGCACAGUUGAACCUGACUGAGGCAAAUAUGCAACUUGCCAAUCAACUCUUUCAAGCCACAGAAGACGAAAAGUGGCGCCUCAAUGUUCUUUUCUUUGUGCAUUUGCUUGCAAAGACCCCAACUGCGGGGCAGUUGGAUUCUCCUGUGGUUUCUGCAGGUGUUGCAUCAGGCCAGCCAACACCAUUCACCUUCUCAAAUCAUAUCAAGUGUUUCAUGCGCGACAAGCUGCGUCAGAUCUUGGUCAAGGGGAAUGUUGAUGCCUAUACCCGCACCAUGACCUUAUCAGACUCAACCCCAAUCAAACGCACCCCUUUGCUCAUGCUCAAGGCACACAUUCAAUCACAAGACGCUGUGUUUCACCGGGACUACCUCCCACCUGGAUUCCCCAAGAGCAUUGAUGCAUGUCUUGCAGUCGUGGAAAAAAUUCGUAAACUUAUGAAAAGUGAAAAGGGACUUCUACGCACUCUACUUCUCUACAACAUCAAGGAAAUGAAUCACCGCCCUAUUGAUGGUGCCGUUCCAAGCUUGGAUGGCCUGGUUGUUGUGAUCGAUCACAACAUGGCCUCGCGCAAACAGUUGAGAGCGGUAGACGAGAUACAACAAAGUUAUCCUGACAGUGUCAAGACAAACCUGGCUUUUUUGCGCCUCUAUACCGUUGUACACCUCAUUCAUCGAGACCCAACGCAGAACAUAUCGCAGUGGGAGUUGAUUGACCAACAAAUUGAAUAUGUUAAGAACCAAAACCACAAGCUUUUUGGCCAGAAGAAGAAUUUUGAUUGCAUUGAGCAUGAAGACAUCAGAGUUCCCAGUGAGGAAGAUGUUGAAGAAGAAAUCCGCCUCAUGUCAAGUGGUGACCGAAGUCAUGGCCAAUCCAACCCUUUUGAUUGA